AUGAAAGGAAAGCUUCGAUCUGACAGAGCCACUAGAAACAACGUCGUUGCUCGAGUGAAAGCUGCAUAUGAGAGACCCCAGCAGGACAGAGAUAUGACUCCAACUUGUUUGAAAGAAAAGGGGACCAGUUUAGCCUCUACAGCAGCUUCAAAGCAGAAGGUGGGCGGAUUCUUGUGGGGCGGGGGGCGGGAAAAGAAUCAGGGUUCCUUGCAAAGAGAAUCAAUCAAGGAAGAUGAACCCUCUGAGAUUAUAAUUGAAGAAGUCUUGGAGGAAGAUUUUGAUGAAGAAGUGAUUGAAGAGGUUAUAGAUGAGGUCUUUGAAGAGCCACACUCUCAAUCAGGAUCCAUGCCAUCGCAUCGUGGCCGCAAUCACUUGAUGUUCGAUCAGCUGCUCAUAAAGCUCAUGGAAAAGAAGUAG